AUGACUCGUCGAAGGAGCAAGUGGAGGAAACAGAAUCUGCCCCUUUUCAUAACUAAGAAAGAUCUGGGGCAAUUGAACACAAUCUGUAUGAUCUUCUGUUGUGGGCAAGGAGCAAAUGCACGUAUCAAAAAUGUAAAAGAACAUCAAGGAACUUUUCCACCAGACACAGAUUUUGAAGCAGAUGAAGAUGAACCAGACGUCUAUUCCACAGUAAAAAAGGCCAAUCAAAAAAGUAAGAAGCUUAUACUUCAGGGCGAUAUAGCUUACAAGAUUGGACGCAAUGCUCUUGACUGCACAGACUGCCUAUGGCCCAAAUCCAGUGUCGGAACUAUAAAUAUCCCAUACGUUCUAUCAUCUGAUUACAGUGCCAGUGAAGUAUCUAUAAUCACUGCAGCUAUGCAAGAAUUUAUGACCCUGACAUGUGUGAGGUUUGUUCCUCAAACGGUAGAAACGGACUAUCUGGAUAUUAAGUCUGAAGAUGGUUGCUGGUCAUACAUUGGAAGGACCCAGGGAGCUCAGACCGUAUCUCUGAAGAAGGAUGAAUGCAUUGGUCAUGGAAUUGUCCAGCACGAGUUGAACCACGCUUUGGCAUUUCUUCACGAGCAGUGCAGAAGUGACAGAGAUAACUAUGUCACCAUUAUGACACAAUAUAUAUCACCAGAGUACCUUUCUAACUUUGAUAAGGAAGCUACGAAUAACCUUGGUAUUCAAUAUGACUACUCAUCACUGAUGCAUUAUCCAAGGUAUGCAUUUUCUCUGACACCAGGCCAAGACACUAUAGUACCGAAACCUGACCCAAGUGUUCCCAUUGGUCAAUCAUAUGGCUUGAGUAAUGUGGAUAUUUUGAAAAUUAAACAUCUGUAUGACUGUGAUAUCUGUAGCAGUUUGCUUUCUGGUUCUACUGGAACAGUGACUUCAGCAAACUAUCCAUCUGCAUAUCUAGAUAAUACCAACUGCUUAUGGCUCAUCCGCACCCCAGCUGAUAAGGUUUUCCUGACAUUUGAAGCAUUUGAUGUCCAGUCUACAACAAACUGUAUAUCUGACUCUGUUACUGUAUAUGAUGGAGCCAGCAUAACAUCUCCAGUUCUCCUUAAUAAAACCUGUGGUUCUGGAAAAUUGACCUCACUUGUAGCCUCCAGCAAUUCAAUGCUUGUGAAAUUCAUUACUGAUGGAGCCAUUACAGCAACUGGAUUUAAAGCUUCAUACAGUUCAGUUUACUGUGGUGCCACAAUUAAUUCCGCACCUGGGGUUAUAACAUCACCGGGAUACCCCAAUCUAUAUCCACCUUCGGUCGAUUGUUUCUGGAUUAUUACCGCUAGCCCAGAAUUGAAGAUUAUAAUAAAUUUUGAUGUGUUUAAUCUGGAGACAUAUCCUUACUGCAGAUACGACUAUGUUCGUAUCUAUGAUGGGAAAACAACGUCUUCUCCACUUAUUGGAACAUUCUGUGGCAGGAGUUCUUUCAACAGGAAAUCCACUGAUAACGCUUUGCUAAUAAAGUUCCACAGUGACUAUUCAAAUCAAUAUCCUGGAUUUUCUGCUUCAUAUAAAUUCAGUAAGACUUGAUUUUACAAAACAAAAAUGGAUGCAGCUUCUCCCAGCCGUCCGAUGAAAGACAAUAAAGCGUGAACUUUCUAUUGCAGCUUCCAUUAAACAUGAGAUUUGUCUACUAGGCUCUGACUUAAAAAAAUUGUAUAUGUACCAUUAUUACCUUAUCUAAUACUUUGUAAAUAGAUUUUAUAUAUUAAAUAUAUG